AUGGGUUCUCUGUAUAUUUCUAGUAGAUUGUUCUUAAUUCGUCCAUGGUCUCCAUUUAUUGAACAACAUAUUGGUUCAAUUAGAUCUGUACCUGUAUGGAUGAUAAUUAGAGAUUUGCCAAUUCAUCUUUGGAAUGCUACUGGAUUUUCUAGGAUUUGUAGUCUUGUAAGAACUUCAAUUAUGACUGAUACUCCUAUAGCAAUGAAUACUAGAAUGUCCUUUGCUAGAGUUUGUGUAAAAAUUAAUUCAACCUGCACCUUUCCUUCAGAGCUUCCUUAUCAAAUUGACGAUAAAAAGUAUAAGGUGAGGGUUGAAUAUCCAUGGAAGCCUACUCUAUGUUCUUUUUGUAAGAGUUUUGGGCACUCAAGUGCUAAGUGUGGUUCCAAUCCUGCACCUAAGUACAAAAAAAGGUGGGUUCCUAAAACUAGCAAUGCUGCAACAACCACUACGAAAGUUCAUGAGACUAGUGCAGGGGAGACAACAGAAGCGGUUACAAGGUCUGUGCACCAAGACUUGGAGGUGGUGGCUCAAUCAAAGGAGAAUUUGACUGCUGGUAUACAACAUGAUGGGGUCAUAGAAGUGGCAGUGGAACCUUCAAUAGAAAAUUGGACUGUUUGUAAUAAAAAGAAGAAGAAAUCAAACAAAAAAGGUACUUCGCAAGUUCAACCUUGCUCCCUGAACCCUUUUUCUGUUUUAGAUACAUGCGCUGAUAGUGUGAAUGCAGAAUUAGAUGAAUCUUUGACAGGGAGUAGAGAAGAAGAAAUUAGAGAACAAGAGGGUAACAAGGAAGUCAGCGAUGACAAAGUAACAAUUGAAUCUUGUGGUGAUUCUAGUGAAGAGUCGGGCUAUGAAACAAAUAAUGAAGGUAUUGGAGGAAAGAAAGCCGACAUUAAAAAUGUAUUCAGUGGCAUGGUAGAAAGGCAAUCCAAGAUAAACCUUGAAAAAGAACUCGCUAAAGUAAAUUGGCCUGGGGUUACAAACAAUGAUAUGCUUGGUAGAGGGAAAAGAACCCCUGCUAGGAAGAAAUAG